UGUUCCCUGAAGGUGUGCUGCCGGCGAAGGAGCUGCUCUGCUCAGAGAAAGACAUUAACAACAGGGAGAAGGAGGAACAAACAGCAGAAGUUCCACACAUCAGAGAGAGGGAGAGAUAUCAGAGAGCGAGGGAGACGCGAGGAAGAGAGGGAGACGCCGGAGCUCAACAUACUGGUGACAUAACACAAGAGGAGACAGAGUGACGAGCUGGGGAAAGUGCUGAUGGCAGGAGUGUGAUGCCGACUGCUCCCUCCGUCUCCUCAUUUGCUUCCUGACCCUGUCUCCUCCUCCCUCCCCCUCCUCCCCCGUCUUCCGCACAUGCUACCGCUCGCUCGCUCGCUCUCCCCACAGUCAGAGCGGCAGAGCGCUGGGCUGCAUCUCCGUCUCAUUCCUCCGCACUCGCGCCAAGUCCUCUGCUUGUCAUCCCUCCCCGAGUCUGUGAUCAGCGGCAGGAGGCAGCGGAGUGGAGGCGGGAGGGGAUGAAGUGGGGGUCCCUCCACGAACUGAGGAGCACUUCUUCUGUUCAGGCUGUGUAGCGACUGACUUGUUCCGCUGUGAGAGUCUUAAAGUGGGAGAGUGCCUUUCCCUGCCUCCCAAAACAAACUUUGAAUAGAAGGACUUCAGGCGAAGAGACUUCAGGCUCCCCUCCCGGACCUCCAGUUCCUCCCGGACCUCCAGCUCCUCCCGGACCUCCAGUUCCUCCCGGACCUCCAGUUCCUCCCGGACCUCCAGUUCCUCCCGGACCUCCAGCACCUCCCGGACCUCCCGUCCCGCUCGCCGUCGUCCGUCCAGCAUCUAGGACUCGAAGAGCAGCCAUGCAGGUGUCCAUCGCCUGCACGGACCACAACCUGAAGAGGGGCAAUGGGGACCACAGCAAGCAGAGCACCACCAGCCCCAACGUGGUCAACCAGGCCCGGGCCAAGUUCCGGACCGUGGCCAUCAUCGCUCGCAGCUUCGGCUCCUUCACGCCGCGCCACAUCUCCCUCAAAGAGUCCACGGGGAAACACACGGGCAUGAAGUACAGGAAUCUUGGUAAAUCUGGACUCAGGGUGUCUUGCUUAGGACUGGGUACAUGGGUGACGUUCGGAGGACAGAUAACAGACGAGGUUGCAGAGCAGUUAAUGACCAUCGCGUACGAGAGCGGAGUCAACCUGUUUGACACGGCUGAGGUCUACGCAGGUGGCAGGGCCGAAAUCAUUCUAGGAAACAUUAUUAAGAAGAAAUGCUGGAGGCGAUCCAGCUUGGUCAUUACGACUAAACUCUACUGGGGAGGAAAAGCCGAGACAGAAAGAGGGCUGUCGAGGAAGCACAUCAUCGAAGGUAAGACCCUCAAACAAACUCUUCCCCGGGUUCGGUUUCAGUCCAGUGACCUUUCGCCCCCGUGUCUCUCAGGUCUGAAGGGCUCCUUGCAGAGGAUGCAGUUAGAAUACGUAGAUGUUGUUUUUGCCAACCGCCCGGACAGCAACACUCCCAUGGAGGAAAUCGUCAGGGCCAUGACCUAUGUCAUCAACCAGGGGAUGGCCAUGUACUGGGGCACGUCCCGGUGGACGGCCAUGGAGAUCAUGGAGGCGUACUCGGUGGCGAGACAGUUCAACCUGAUCCCUCCGGUGUGCGAGCAGGCAGAGUAUCACCUGUUCCAAAGGGAGAAAGUGGAGGUGCAGCUGCCCGAGCUCUACCACAAGAUAGGAGUCGGCGCGAUGACAUGGUCGCCGCUGGCGUGCGGCAUCAUCACUGGGAAAUAUGAAAACGGCAUUCCCGAGUCAUCCAGGGCCUCCAUGAAGUCGUACCAGUGGCUGAAGGAGAAGAUCGUGAGCGAGGACGGGAGGAAGCAGCAGGCCAAGCUGAAGGAGCUCAACCACAUCGCGGAGAAGCUGGGCUGCACUCUGCCCCAGCUGGCUGUGGCGUGGUGUCUGAGAAAUGAAGGCGUGAGCUCCGUGCUUUUAGGCACGUCCAACCCCGAACAGCUGACGGAGAACCUCGGGGCCAUACAGGUCCUCCCUAAGAUGACGUCUCACGUGGUGUCUGAAGUCGACCACAUCCUGGGCAACAGGCCGUACAGCAAGAGGGACUACCGCUCUUAGACCGGGCCGCGGCCGCACCCGCCUGCCGAACCUUAACCGUACCGUCGCCAUGGAGACGCCGCCCGCCGUUCUCCUCCGUGGUCCCCCCCAGGUCCCACUCCGCUUCGACUCCGGCCCGGCUCCGAACGGGAACGGACGGCUCGGCUCGGCCCGGCCCGGCCCAGCGCAGCACCUGUGCUCUGGGCCGGGUUCAUCUCAGGUGCAGUCCCGCUCCAGUCAAGUCGCUCUCGCAACCAACGCAUCUUUCGGCAGCCUCGAACGUAGUCCAGAUACUCUCCACUCAGCGCUGGUCCAUUCAGCUGUAACUAUGCAGAGUCUAGGUCAUGUUAAGGUUCGGGUCAUUCGGAGCUGAACAUCCAGGUUUCCAGUUUAUACAUUGUACUGAUUUAUAAUGUAACUACGGCUUCUCACGCUCAUAAAUCAAUAGAAACACACUGCAGAACCAUUUAGUAGUAGUAUCAGUAGUAGAACUAGUAGUAAUAGAAAAGACAGCUCACUUUCCCUCUCACAACCUCCUCCAUCAAACUGCUAUGCAGCACAGAAAGCUAACUUAGCUAGCAGCUCAAUGCUGUCAGCGUUUGUGUCAGGGGUCAAAGUUCAAGACUUCUUCGAGCUGUAACGGUACUGCAUUUACUUUAGUACAUAGUAGUUUACAUUCUAGGCUGCAUCGUCUGAGCAUAUUAAGCAGAUGCAUGUGUUCCCGGCUAUAGUGUGCCUCUCGUUUCUUUUCUACUAAAGCACAUUAUUAAACAAACAUUUGCUCGUAAAUGUGCGUGUUCGCUGGCAGUGAAGCAGAGGAUUGUGGGACUUUGAGUGUCGGCUCGGGGGGCUCUGCCAGGACAGACGGCGAGGCAGGUUGCCCCCUUGUGGCGUUUCAGAGAACUGCUUCUGCUUGGCCACGUGGAUGAAGAAGGACGACUUUCCACGCCGUUUAAAAUGAUCGACUGACGUCCAAGCUGGUCAUAGUGUGUAAAAAAACUGCUUGCUGAUGGCACGACAUGGCAUUUAGGCGAAGUGCUUGGUAUGUGGCACAGAUAAACAUAUUUACUAUAGAGUAGUUCAUAAAUAUGACGUUCAUAUCAGCAUUUUGAGAUAUUGUCUGUGGAGAUGAUACAUGUACAUAAAUUGUACUGGUACCUUGUAACAUAAGCAAACCCCUGAAGACGAGGACUCCGUUGGACUUGUGCGUAGAUAAUAUGUACAUAGAGUGAUUUUGCUGCUCCUCUGCAUAUUUGCUGCAUCAGCUGCAGUGUUUGAGUCCUCUCCUCCUCCUCCAGCCUGACUUUACACUGUCACAGAAUUGAUUUCUGUCUCCUGAAUGAUAUUUUAUAGAGCUAUUUAUGAGGAGCAAAGAUUAAUUCCUUUUUAUUUUUGCAUUGUAAAGUCAGAUUAUAAAAUCUGUUUAAAUAGCGGCAUUACUUAACGAAUGAGCUUCUGUUAUGGGACAUAUAAAAAAACGCUUUGUGUUGUGUAACGACUGGAGUCAUUAUCACUGACCAGGUGGCUAAGUUGCCACAGUUCACGGUUGUCACUUUCAUGCAUUGUUCUCGUUUUUAAUUUGGAAAAAUAAGCCAUCACAAGUAUCUGCAGAGACGUUGGCCAGGUUCCACCUGAGACCCUGUCUUGUCCUCGGUGCUCAUCUGUUGUUCUCUUGUAGCACAAACCACCGUCUCAUUUUAAUCAAGACAAAUUUUAGUUGCACAUAACAGACGAAACAUCAAUAGGCAGCAUUUAGCUCACGGGUUAUUAAAGGAGAUCUGUCCUUGGAUGAUAAACAGACUUCCUCUUGGUGAUGAUCACUAAGCCAGAACUAUAAAGUAAUGCAGAGAGGUGGACACAGACAUAUUAUAAUUAAACAUUAAUAUUUGCCUUAAAAGAUACAUUAAUUACACCCUUUUCAGUAUGAAAUAGCUAUGGGAUCGUUUAUGAGUCUGCUUUACAGCAGGAAACCAAAAAUGUAUUUAUUGUACUUCUCACAGGUUAAAUGUGUGACUGCAGGUCACUGUUUUGGUAUUUUUGGUUUGUGUGCAUAUCAACGUGUUGCCCAUCAGUGUGAGUCAGUGAUUGUGUUGGACUGUGGCCUGUCGGUGUGUGUGGAGGCUUCUCCACCCAACAGCCUUGAGAGUGCCUUGACGCGAGUCCCUCUACGGAACAAAAAAAUCAGGGAUGUCUUUCUUUGUAGGUAGAUAAAUGGGGUUUGGAUACUGUGCUACAGGAAACUGUAGGAGGAGAACAAUAUUUAUGCAGCGUCAUCAACCUUUUAGGAAACCAACUGAAAACGGGCUCCGUGAAUUGUCGUUUGUUGAGUCUUAGUGUACAGCAGAUAGAGUUUAGUCAUAGACUACUGUCAAUACAGUUUGCCUUUAUUGAGACUGUUUCAGAGGAGUAAUGAAGUAAAAAAAAGUUACUUCUUCAGUCAGACAUUUGCUUCAUCAAACCCAACAGUGUUCAUAAAAGGUGACAGAGUUGUUACCAGCUCCACAGACUCUCCAGCAAACUGAACUGUUUUUUCCAAGAAGCAAACAAGCAAUACAUAUUAACGCACAAGUAAUUAACCUGUGCAUGCAUUUCCUAUUCUGGUUCGGACUGUACGGUCAUGUGAUGUGCUGCAUAAGCUUUAAUCCAGGUUUCUAGUUGUUAGUCGUUAAACUCCGAUUAGUUCCAAUAGAAAUGUAGUCAGUUCUACAUCAUAAACAGAGAUGAAAUAAAUGUGAGACACUGGAUUUUUUUUGAGUGACAUCAUGUAUUAUUUUGUCCCCUGAACAGUGAUUCCUCUGUAAAUAUGUCUGGAAGUGUGACCAUCAAUAAAUACAUUGAUAAUGGAAA